UAUAAAUACACUCAGGCUGUAACCUAUAUAUCUAUAUAGGCAGACGCUAAGCAUUUCAGAGCAAGGCAAGUACUUUGACCAGACCCUUCGGACUGCACUUCGUCGCUUGACUGCUAUCGUUAUGGGGACUGCAAUGCAAACACUUCAUCACGUCAAGCUAAGGAUAAAGGCAUCCGGUGUGCUCGUGGAGGCUAUCGGGUCACAUGAGCCCCUUGUCAUCUACACUGGCAAGGAGUCCCUGUUGGCUAAAUAUCGAAGCUUCUUUGGCGAGCGUUCAAACAUCAUGACAAAGGCGCCCGUGGAGGAUGGGAGCGAUGAGAGUCACUUCAGCUCAACAGAGGAGCUGGUGCAGUACCUGGACAACAUUCGCAGCGGCGCUACUAUCUUUGACUCUGAGGCGGAGUUCAACAUGACCUUCCCGCCUCCUCCUUGUAAACUCGUCGGCUGGACUGGAGGACCCGAGGGGUGCCGCAUUUACACGUUCUCUGUAGAGCUUUGUGAUUUCAUUGGUGAUGCACAGGCGCGGACGGUGCACGCGCCUCUGGCGUCCCAUGACAAACCGCUCGGGGCAACGCGGUUCCAGGCCACGGCAACCGUGAUGGUAUCGGACCUGACUAACACCCUGAGCAUGGGGCCCUCUGCACUGAGUGGCGGUAGCCAUGUCCACAGCGCUUACCGGGGGGGUGGCGCGACACAGGAUAUGGACUACCUGCUUGUCGCCUUGGGUGUUGAGGUGGGCGGGGUGUCCUCGUCGGAUCUUCAGUCGGCGGGUUCGGUCAUAACGGAGGCCAAGAGCCGGCUCGUCAACAGGGCAUUCGAGCGCUACGUGCCGCCCAUGGGCGAUGGGCGUGGGCCCGCACGCAUCAAGGACUACAACCCUAGCGAGACCAGGGGGAAAGGUUCCGUCAACUCCAGCAAGCCUGGGCGCUUCAGGCAACUGUCGAACAAGGACCGAGAGUACGCAGGGCUGUUCGACACCAUCAUGGUAGCUUGCUCAGGCAUGGCGCAGAAGGAGAUGCUCAUGUCAGGGUCAAGCUACCCUCACGAGCUGGCGAAGAAGUACGGUGUGCAUCAGACGCACUACAAAAAGAAAGUGCUCCCGAAGCUGGCCGCCGACGACAAGGAAAGGAGAAAGCUUAUCCCGGAUCGGGUGACCGGCCCAAAGAUGCUGCUGCGGGACAUGCGCAACAAGCCCGCAGAGAUGUACAGCUCUGCGACGAGGAAGGAGAUCGAACCCGCGAAGCUCGCCAGCAAGAUUGCAGCGGCGAAGGUCCGUAUCGCGGCGUGGGAAGAGCGGUGGCUGGCGGCCUUGCAGCGUGCUCACGAGGUGAUGGUGAAGUACCGUUACGAGUACGACCCGCUGCUGGAGGGCGAGCUCAAGGCGGCCUUGGAGGAGUACGAAGAGGACGGUGAGGAGCUACGGAUCCAUCUCCAGGUCGGGCUGGCCGACAGCUUCUACCGUGCGAUCCAGGUGCUCGAGUCCGCGGGGGUGAAGGUGGACGAAGACACGAAGCGCCAUUACCCCAAGUGGUCCACGGAGGACCAGGAGGGGCGGCAGCAGCAGGAGGGGCACAGGGAGCGGCAGGAGUGGCGGCAGGAGCUGCGGCAGGAGCUGCGGCAGGAGCAGGAUGGGCGCAGGGAGCGGCGUGAGCGCGAGCAGCAGCAGCAGGAGGAGCGCAGGGAUCGGCAGGGGCGCGCUGGGGGUGGUGGGGGGCUGGGCAGGAUUGCCGAGGUCGAGGAGGAUUUGGAUGAGGAGGAGGAGGCUGUCGGGAAGGGGACUGGUGGAGUGCUGGGUGACCGGCAGACCCCCUUGCCCGAGAUUAGCGAGAGUGGCAGUAGCCAGGAUGGGGGGAAGGAUCAGAAGCGACCAAACAGCAAGAACGCCUCGGUUAGCAAGGUAAAACGCGUAAAGGGGGCUGUGGGAGGAGGGUCUCGGGGCGGAAAAGAGAACGCCCGUGGCAAGUCGGACCACGGUUCGAAGAGGCGGCGGAGGUAGUUCGGCAUUUUUGCAGUAGGGGCUGAUCUAUAUCAAACCUCCUAACAUGAUGUAUGGUGCGUGGCCUGUGGUUUUCAUGCAUCCAUGCGCUGCUGUGUUGCUUGCUUGGGUGAUCUUAGCGGGUUGAGCUUGGUAUUUACAAUGACCAUCGACUGCGGCCGUACGUGUAUGACAGAAGCAGGGCAGGUACUUUAUUAAACGGAUGGACGCGAACUAGAACAGGUAUUAGUGGCAGUUACGUGUGGCUAUUGCGUUGGUGUGGCUAUUGCGGCAUGAGCAGUGUUGGGAGCGACGUGAUGUGCUUGGAAAGCGUAUCACAAUUGAGUUGCGACACUUGAGGCGCUGUUGAGUUUGGUUGACCGGUUAUUGAGUCCGCUAUUGAGGCGUACGUUUGAGCAACGGUUGAGUUUGGUUGACCCGUUAUUGAGUACGAUAAUGAGGCGUUCGUUUGAGCUACAGUUGAGUUUGGUUGACCGGUUAUUGAGUACGAUGUUGAGGAGUCCUAUUGAGCGAGGGUUCAAUUUGGUUGACCCGUAAUUGAGUCUGCUAUU